AUGAUGGAGAGGAUAAGAAAAGAGAUGAUUCUGAUGGAACGAGGGCUACACAGCCCUGUUGCCGGAAAGAGGCUCUCAAAUCUGUCGGACUCGGCUGGUAACACGGUGCUAGAGGCCCUGGAAAAUUCCCAGCACAGUGGUCGCCUGAGCCCGAGACUAACCUCCGCCUCACUGCACGGGAGUCUCGGGGAUAUCCCGACCAAAGGAAAAUUCGAAAUCGACAGUUUGUUCGCUCCACACCACAACGACAACACCUCAUCAGCGGAGAUCUCUUCCUCAGAAAACAGGAAGAAAAUGAGCCUAUAUCCAGAAGUUUCUCCAGACUCCGAUAUUAACAGUGAUGUUGAAGUAGGAUGUCCAUCGCAUCGCUCCCCGAGCAGCCAACACAAGGAAAACAAUAAAGGGUUUUCAGACAGUAAUUCUGGGACCUCCAACACAAGUUCAUCCUCUAUGUCCAACAUGAACGGCAACUCAAUGGGCUCCAACAGUUCCAACUCGGACCAAGUAAGAAGGUACCGCACAGCAUUUACAAGGGAACAGAUCGGCAGACUGGAGAAGGAGUUUUACAGGGAAAAUUAUGUCUCAAGACCCAGAAGAUGUGAAUUGGCUGCAGCGUUGAAUUUACCCGAAACUACAAUUAAGGUAUGGUUCCAGAACAGGCGGAUGAAAGAUAAAAGGCAGCGACUGGCAAUGUCCUGGCCACAUCCAGCAGACCCCAGUUUCUACACCUAUAUGAUGACGCACGCCGCAGCCACCGGAAGUCUGCCAUACCCUUUCCAUUCCCACAUGCCUCUACACUACUAUCCGCAUGUUGGCGUCACAGCAGCAGCCGCGGCUGCCGCUGCCAGUGGGGCCGCCUCGUCACCUUUUGCUACCUCCAUCCGGCCUCUCGAUACUUUCCGUGCGCUCUCUCAUCCGUACUCGCGGCCAGAGCUGCUGUGUAGCUUCCGGCACCCAGGACUGUACCAGUCACCUGCAGGCCUCAAUAGCUCAGCGGCAGCAUCAGCGGCGGCAGCAGCAGCAGCGGCGGCCGCGGCAGUCAGUGCGCCCUCGGCCGCCGGGCCCUGCUCAUGUCUCAGUUGCCACAGCAGCCAAGCGGCCAGUGCCCUGGGCUCAAGAGGCCCCAGCUCUGACUUCACCUGCACUGCGGCCGGCCAGAGGUCCGAGAGCGGAUUUCUGCCAUACUCUGCUGCGGUGCUGAGCAAAACCUCAGUUCCAUCGCCAGAUCAGAGAGAAGAGAGCUCUCUUAAUAGAUAA